UACAGUGAUCAUUCUGACCAGUGAUCUUAAGUACUACGGAGUUCGGACAGGAUAGACAGACAGUCAAACAAGAUGAAAUAUACCUGUGUUCUCCUGUGUGCUCUUCUGGCGGUCUGCGUUAGCGGGAAAGAACUUGAUCUUGCUGAUAUCAUAAAAAAGGAAUGUCCUCCAGGCGAGCGCUCUGUAUACCGCUGCCCGCGCAUGGAACAGCCCGACUGCCAGACCCCCUACCCGCACGCCUUCAGAGACCUGGCGAUACAUCCUUGCUUCGAGGCUGACUGCUUCUGCGAGCUCCCGACAGUCAGGGACCGCAGCACUGGCAAGUGUGUGCAUCUUUACCAGUGCCCGAAGUACGAGAAACAGUAGUUAUUG